AUAUAAUUAUAUAAAUACACAAUAUUUCUUUGGUGUCACCACUUUAUUAUACUCCAUGGCCAAAAUAUGUCACCAUAUUUGCCACUUUUCUUCGUUCUUUCUUAUCCUCUUUUUUUUAAAUAUUAUUUUUUCGAUGGUCGACGGUAAGAUUUCAGCCGUAAUUGUAUUCGGAGAUUCUUCCGUCGACACCGGAAAUAAUAAUGGAAUUAACACAUUAUUAAAAAGUAACUUUGAACCAUAUGGAAGAGACUUUGAAGGUGGACGACCCACGGGUCGAUUUUCAAAUGGGCGGGUACCCGUGGAUUUUUUCUCAGAAUAUUUUGGUCUUAAAAAAUAUGUUCCAGCUUAUUUGGAUCCAAAUUAUGGUAUGAAAGAUUUUAUUAGUGGUGUUAAUUUUGCUUCUGCUGGUACUGGCUAUGAUAAUACCACUUCUUCUGUACUUAACGUGAUACCAUUAUGGAAGGAAAUUGAAUAUUUUAAGGAUUAUAUACAAAAAUUACGAAUUUAUGUAGGAGAAGAGAAAACAAAUGAGAUUUUGAGAGAAGCAGUCUAUCUAAUAAGCAUAGGAACAAACGAUUUCUUAGAGAACUACUUCUUACUUCCUACAACGAAGUUAUGUUACACGGUGCCUGAGUUCGAGGAUCAUCUAAUAGAAAUCGCGAAAAUAUUUGUGCAUGAAAUUUAUAGUCAUGGUGCUCGAAAAAUUUCGCUAGCGGGCGUUCCUCCGAUGGGGUGUUUGCCAUUAGAGAGGACUAUAAAUCUAUUUGCAAUUCAUGAAUGUAAUGAAGAAUACAAUAAUGUUGCUCUUGAGUUUAAUGCCAAAAUGAAGAACUUGGUGAAUCAACUUAAUACACAAUUGCUUGGCAUUCAUGUGCUUUUUUCAAACCCUUAUCACAUCCUUCGUCAAAUCAUUAAGAAGCCUUCAUUGUUUGGAUAUGAUGUAACUUAUAAAGCAUGUUGUGGGACAGGGUUAGUGGAGAUGAGUUAUCUAUGCCUUCUUGAUAGUCCAUUGACUUGCCUUGAUGCUGAUAAAUAUGUCUUCUGGGAUUCAUUCCACCCUACUGAAAAAACAAACAGAAUCAUGGCUGAGCAUCUCUUCAAUACUGUUUUGCAUAAAUUUAUGUAGACUUUAUAUAUAUUAUUUUGUACUUAAUUCUUAUUCAAAUAUUGCUACACCCUUGCUUUAAAAAUAUCUUUAAAAAUGGUAUAUAAUACUUCCUUCGUUCUGUUUUACCUACUAUAAAUGAGUAUGUUAUGUUAAAAAGACUGUUA